CGCGCGCUCAACUAUGUACAACGGCGCGCGGCGAGCCCGGCCUGCCAGCACACCAUUGUAGCGCGAUGCUGUGCUGUGUUGUGCUGUGCGGUGUGCUGUGCUGCAGUGCACGCGCUUUCUCUUUCCUCGAUAUCCACCCUUUUCCCUCGGCCACCCCUCAUCAACUUCUCUUUCCCUUCCUUCCACCCACUCCUCCAUCCAUCCGCUUCUUCUCUCAUUCAUCCAUCAUUCUCGCAUAUCCUCUAUGUUAUUUCCCUUUCUCACCCAAACACAAGAAAAUCACCCCCUGAAUUGCACGAAUGAGAAGCCGUAGCACUCGCGCAAAUGAUAAUAAAUAACGACGGACAGUCAGACGGACAGUAAACAUAUGAACGGAUAUGCAGGUAUGCAGACAUGCAAGCAGACAGAUGAACGGGCGACUUGGUGCACAGCCAGACGGACAAGUAGACAAACAAGUAGGCAGGCAGACAGAAAAAACGGACGAACGGGUAGACAGACAACCAGGUGAACAUGGAGUAACGCACCCAGUCACACAGACAACCACGCACUAACAACCAUCAAUCCGAGAUCAAGGGCAAUGACUACCACACCAACAACGACAACAACGACGAUGGGUAUUUCCCUCCCCAGAAUCGACAAGAUGAGACCUACCGACAACAGCCACGAAGUGAAAGGAGAAUCAGAAACAAGAAGCAAGAGAAAGGAAAAAAGUAG